AGCUGAACUACUUGGACAUAGGAGAAAUCAAGAAAAGACCUAUGGAAGUUGUUAACACAGAGGUAAAGCCGGUGAUGCACAGCAGGCUCAACGUGUCGGCUCGCUUCAGAAAAGCGCUUCAGGAGCCCUGCACCAUCUUCUUGAUAGCCAACGGAGACCUCAUAAGUCCGGCUUCUCGCCUCCUCAUUCCUAGAAAGGCCCUGAGUCAGUGGGAUCAUGUCCUGCAAAUGAUCACGGAGAAAAUAACCCUGCGGAGUGGGGCUGUCCACAGACUUUACACGUUAGAGGGAAAGCUGGUGGAGAGCGGGGCCGAGUUGGAGAACGGGCAGUUUUACGUGGCUGUUGGCAGAGACAAGUUUAAGAAACUGCCUUACAGUGAGUUGCUGUUUGACAAGUCAACGAUGAGGCGGUCGUACGGUCAGAAGGCUUCUUCACUACCUCCUAUCGUAGGAUCCAGAAAGUCUAAAGGGAGUGGAAAUGAUCGUCAGUCCAAGUCAACAGUUGGGUCCAGUGACAACACAUCCCCAACGCAGCCCCCGAAGAGGAAAGGGAAAAAAGAAGAAGCGAAUUUGGAAAAACCCAAAAAAGGGAAACAAAAUGUGAAGUUAAAGAGUUCAUCACAGAUAAUUCCAAACAGUGAUGAAGGCGUCUUCAAAGCUGGAACAGAGAGGUCUGAGACACGGGGCGCAGCAGAAGUCCAAGAAGAUGAAGAUACUCGAGUUGAGAUCCCAGUCGAUCAGAGGCCAGCAGAAAUAGUAGAUGAGGAAGAAGAUGGAGAGAAAGCCAACAAGGAAGCAGAGCAGAAAGAAGAUUUUCCAGGAGUGAACGGUCAAGUUGAAGAGGGAGCAGGUGGGGAGGCCACAGAUGCCCCCAAGGAAGUUGAGGAGGUCCUCGAUCACAGUGAGGGGCAAGAAGAUUUUUCAGGAGUGAAUGGCCAAGUUGAAGAGGGAGCAGGUGGGGAGGCUGCAGAUGCCCCUGAGGAAGUCGAGGAGGUCCCCGAUCACAGCGAGGGGCAGGCGGGUCCCACUCGCAGUAAUGGAGGCACUGAUGAAGAAAAUGGCGAAGAGCUGGAUCAGGUUACGGAGCUUCAGGAUGCAGUGGACAAAGAAGUAAAGUCUCAAGGAGCUGGCAGCGGACAAGAUGAGGCUGACUUAGACCCUCAAAGACCACCGAGACCGGAAGUGAAAAUCACCAGUCCACAAGAAAAUGAGAACAACGAACAAAACAAGGACUAUGCCGUCGUAGCAUAGAUCGUUUCUAAAAAGAGAGUGCAUCGAUUAUCAGAAAAAAUGAAGGGUUACAAUACUUGAAUGAUAAGUAUAUAGUUAUUGCGGAACAUAAUGUGACGAUACGGUUGACUACUACCUACUGAAUUUUAAGAUUAGAGGCUUAAUGGAAAGAUUAGAUGAUUUUGAAUAGCUACUUAAGGAGAGUGGCUUCUUUUCAUGGGAUAUGUUUUUAAAAGCCAUUUAGAAGCAUUAAGAGGGAUAGAGGGGCAUGUGCACUGGACUACAAUUGGCCACUCAUCUUUGGAAGCAGUGCAGAAGAAUAGGACCACACCUACUGUGUACUUUUCUACAAAUUUAGAAGUGAAGUUAUUAGAGGGGAGCUUAUUCUAAAGCACUUAUCUAGGAAGGCAUAGCAUUUUAAAGAAAUGAUAAUAGGAAAGCAUGUACUAUAUUUUUAAAAGCAAUAAACUCUUGAAUAAACAAACUGUAGUGUAGUUUCAGACAUGGAAGUUGAUAGAAAUGUUUUGGUGACUUGUUGACAUUCCUUCCUUUCUUCCUCCUUAUCCCAGACCCCGUUUUACAUGAAUUAGAAAGGCUUUAACCCAGUUAUGUCACAAGCCUGGUUGGAUGGUUUAAAAAUUCUGGUAAUCUUAGAAGACUCAAUAUUGGCUAGUCUAAAGCUUGAAUUCUCUCCAAAUUGUUUUUUUACAAAAACAAAACAAAAACAAAAACAAAAACCCAAAACAAAAAUACCCCUACAAAGCCAAACAAAUAAAAACCCCAAGAAAGCGUAAUAGGAAAAAAAGACGAGGCUCUAUGGGGAGUUUAUCACUGCUUGCUCUAACUUGCUUUUUGGACUAAGGUUUCUAUUUCUAUUAGGAUUAGCCUUGUCAUACUGUUGCCCGUAGGGAUAUUAGCAAAUGUCUAUUUUAAUGGCCAGUUAUAUUUAGACCUUGAAGCAGAUUCCUCCCUAUAUAAUUCCUCCACAUGAUAGAAAUUGUUGAAAAAUGUUUAAAUUGUCAUCAUGAAGCCGGUUCCUUAUUAGAGUUUUGUGGGCUAAUUAAAUCCUCCUGCAGUGACCUUAUUAGGUAGGUAUAUGUGGGGAGAACCAUAAUUGUAUUAGUUUUUUGAAUUUUUAGGAGAUGAUGCAGAUCUUCCUUAAAUAUAGAAAUAAUAUAUUUUUCUCAUAUGAAAGGCUAUUUUUGUUAAUUAUGUAGAUGUUAUAAAUUUGAAAAGAAAAUUUCUAGUGCUUUCAUAGAAUUCAUUAUUAAUCUUAAGUUUAGAAGAUUUUCUUCCACUCCAGGUUUUCUGUGCAAUCACUUGGAAUAAAAGUAGUUGUAUCAAGCACUUAAUAAUGCUAUAGGAAACUAAUGUAUUUUUCCUAGAAGCUAUUUGAAUAUUUUCUAUUAAUAGGAAGCAUAAGCAGAUACUAUAAUGCAACAGUAUUGGAAAGAGGUUGAUAGAGGAGUAUAUUAUUAAUCUGGGGAGAUGUAUUGUAAAUGGGGGGGGGUCUGUAUUUUUAGUAUAAAAUCUAGAUUGCAUUUUUUACUAGUAGGCUUAUUUUUUU